AUGGCCGAUACCGAACCCAACGCAGUCCUGGUCUCCAAGACCCCAGCAGGCAUCACAACAAUCACCAUCAACCGCCAACACCGGCGCAACGCCAUCGACGGCGCAACAGCCCGCAAACUCACCGACGCCUUCCUCGCCUUCGAAGACGACGACACUCAAAAGGUGUGUGUUUUCCACGGCGCAAACGGCGUAUUCUGCGCCGGCUUCGACCUCCAUGAAAUUGCAAAGUACGACCCGGCCUCCACGGACUACAAGGGCCCCAUCGUCGACUCAACUCACCGUGUCGAAGGCCGUAACAUCGGCCCCAUCGGCCCGUCACGCAUGCAGAUCAAGAAACCCGUCAUCAGCGCCGUUUCAGGCCACGCGGUAGCCGGCGGCUUGGAACUAUCGCUUCUCGGCGAUAUACGCGUCGCCGAAGAGGAUGCCGUGUUCGGCGUCUUUUGUCGGCGCUUCGGCGUGCCGCUCGUCGACGGCGGGACUGUACGUCUGCAGGCUAUCAUCGGGCUCGGUAGGGCCCUCGAUAUGAUCCUUACCGGUCGGCCUGUGGCCGCUCAGGAGGCGCUGCAGAUGGGUCUUGCGAACCGCGUCGUCCCCAAGGGGAAAGCCUUGGAGGAAGCGACCAAGAUUGCGACGCAGUUAUUGGCCUUUCCACAGCUUUGUAUGAACACCGACCGCGCGAGUUGCUAUUACUCCGCGUACAACGCCUCGUCGUUCGAGGACGCGCUGAGUCACGAGUUUGAUGCUGGGGUCAAGGUCAUUAGCGCCGAGAGCGUCCGGGGUGCUGCGAGAUUUAGUAGCGGCGUGGGACGACAUGGCGUUUUUGAAGAGCCCAAGAUGUGA